AUGGAGCACAUCCCCGUGGACCCUGAUUUCUACCUUGAAAUUGGCGCAAACACAGCUCUUGACUUUCAGUCAGAGACCACAUCCCUUGCGUCCUCUAUCGCGAAGGGCCGGUUUGAAAACGGGCGAAGAUACCAAGCCACAAAAGAUGAGGAAUAUUGGGGGCCUUCUGACGAGAAGCAGUUCGAAGCGUUCGAGAUUGGCCAUAUGGUGUUCCUCGUGUUAGACCAUUACCAAGAUAAUCCUCUUUUCCGUGCCCCGAUCAAAAAUUUGCCCAAGCAUAUUCUAGAUAUCGGAACUGGUCAAGGGAGUUGGGCAAUUGACGUUGCCGAUAUGUAUCCGUCAGCUACCGUUCGUGGCGUGGAUCUCUUCCCCCCACCCGUGACAUGGAUGCCUCCGAACUGCAUCUUCGAAGUAGACGAUGUGCUCCGCGAAUGGACAUGGAGAGAGCCAUUUGACUUUAUUCAUAUACGUCUAAUGUAUGGCGCCUUCGCUCCGGAGGGAUGGGACCAGCUAUACAAACAAGCUUACGCUGCCCUCGAACCCGGGGCUUGGAUUGAGCAGAUGGAAUUUGACGUUCGAGUCCGCAGCGAUGAUAUGACCUUAAAGGAAGAACACCAGCUAUCAAAAUGGGGCAACAUUUUCAUCAGAUGUGCUGAGCGAGCCGGGAGGUCACUUAAUAUUCACGAAACGAUGCGCAACUCAAUCGAGAAAGCCGGAUUCGUGGAAAUACACGAGAAGAAGAGCAGAGUCCCCUUGGGUGCCUGGCCUAGGGAUAAGUUACUGAAGGAGACUGGACGACUUCAGUGGGCGCACUGGAACGCCGCUUUGGAGGGUUGGGCGAUGUGGCUUCUCACUCACUUUGGAGAGCCCAUACCGUGGACGACCGAGGAGGUGCAGGUGUUUUUGGCCAAGGUGCGCCAAGAGCUGAAAGAUCCCCAUAUUCAUGGGUAUAACUGGAUCAACCGCGUGUGGGCAAGGAAACCGACUGAAGGGGAAUCAUCGAAGGAGAGAGGGUAUUGA